AUGAUGAAGCUCGCCUUUACCCUCAUGGUGCUGGCUGUGGCCGGUGCCAGUGCUGCGCAACUGAAGGUUCAACAAGGGACCACUGAAUCCAAAUCCCCAGACUUUUGCAAUGGACUUGAUUGCCCAACAUUCACCGUCCUGAAAACCACAAAGGAAUAUAGCAUCCGUCAAUACGAUGUAUCGAAAUGGGUCGGCACUUCCGAAUACUCCAUGGACUGGUCUAACUCGACAACAACGAUGUUCUGGAGGCUGUUCAGAUAUAUCUCAGGACAAAACCAACCAAAGACCAAAGUAGCCAUGACUGCCCCUGUUUUAACUAAGAUCGUCCCAGGCCAGGGUCCAGCCUGCGAGAGCAACUUUACCAUGCACUUUUUUAUCCCUGCUACAGAGACCAACCCUCCUCAACCCACUGAUCCCAAAGUGUCUCUCAGCACCUUGAAAUCUAUGAAAGUAUACGUCAGAGCUUUUGGUGGAUUCCCAAAAGAAGAAAUCUGGACGAGUGAAGCACAAAAGUUGGCCCAAGCGAUUAAUGACAACAGUUUGUUCUACAGCGACUUUUGGUUUACAGCCGGUUAUGAUGGUCCAUCAAAAAUUAUCAACAGACACAACGAAGUUUGGUUUGUUGCUAAGAAUGAUUCGUGACAUUGAG